AUGGCCGCAGACGAAUGUAGCAUUAGAGUUGUAUGUCGUUUUCGUCCGUUAAACGAUUCAGAAGAACGUGCUGGUAGCAAAAGUGUUGUAAAAUUCCCACCUGAUCAAGAUGAAACUGUUCUUAUAACUGGCAAAGUUUAUGUAUUUGACAAAGUAUUUCGACCUGAUGCUACUCAAGAAAAGGUUUAUAAUGAAGCAGCAAAAGAAAUUGUCAAAGAUGUUUUAAGCGGAUAUAAUGGAACGAUAUUUGCUUAUGGUCAAACAUCAAGCGGGAAAACACACACUAUGGAGGGUGUACUUACCAAAGAAAAUGAACAAGGUAUUAUUCCACGAAUUGUUCAAGAUAUAUUCAAUCAUAUCUACACAUUGGAUUCAAAUCUUCAAUUCCAAAUAAAAGUUUCUUAUUUUGAAAUAUACCUUGAUAAAAUUCGUGAUUUAUUAGAUGUUUCAAAAACUAAUCUCUCUGUACAUGAAGAUAAAAACAGAGUUCCAUACGUUAAGGGAGUUACUGAACGUUUCGUCUCAUCACCCGAAGAAGUCUUCGAAACAAUUGAAGAUGGAAAAACAAAUCGUCAUAUAGCCGUAACAAAUAUGAACGAGCAUAGUUCUCGUUCGCAUUCUGUUUUCUUAAUCAAUGUCAAACAAGAGAAUGUGGAAACAGAGAAAAAAUUAACUGGAAAACUUUAUUUAGUUGAUUUGGCGGGCAGUGAGAAGGUAUCAAAAACUGGUGCCGAAGGACAGGUGCUCGAUGAAGCGAAGAAUAUUAAUAAAUCCUUAUCAGCACUUGGCAACGUUAUAUCAGCAUUGGCCGAUGGCACAAAAUCACACGUGCCUUAUCGUGAUUCAAAGUUAACUCGUAUACUGCAAGAAUCUUUGGGUGGUAAUGCCCGUACAACAAUAAUUAUUUGUUGUUCACCAGCUAGUUACAAUGAAUCAGAAACAAAAUCAACUCUUGAAUUUGGAAAACGGUAUGAAGAAGAUUGUGGUGUAUUAAACUUAAUAUUUAAUGAAGAACUAACAGCUGAAGAAUGGAAACGUCGUUAUGAAAAAGAACGUGAAAAAGUAGCUCGUCUAAAAGGCCAACUUAGUAGAGCUGAAGCUGAAUUAGAACGAUGGAGACAUGGAGAAACUGUAACAAAAGAUGAGCAAGUGAACUUACUGGAAACAGAUGAUUCAUUAUUACCAAUUUCAGCGACACAAUCCAUGCCAUCGUUAGCUAAUGCAGUUGCACCAACCGUCGGAAUACUCGCUGCAAGUUCUGCGUCUGUUACAGUGACUGGUCCAGCAAUUCCGAUUCUUACUGCUAAUAUGGAAGAGUGGGAUAAAGAACGUACAACGUUAUAUCAACAAUUGGAUGAAAAAGAUGAUGAAAUUAACAAUCAAUCACAACUGAUUGAACGUCUUAAAUCACAACUGUCUGAACAAGAUGAAGGGUUUAAUCAAGCAAGAAAAGAUAAUGAGAAUUUACAUGCCGAACUAAGCCGUUUACAACAAGAAAGUGAAUCGUCGAAAGAAGAAGUUAAAGAAGUCCUACAAGCAUUAGAAGAAUUGGCAGUCAAUUACGAUCAAAAAACGCAAGAAGUUGAAACGAAGAGCAAAGAAAACGAAACUUUAGGACAAGAAUUAGACGCAAAAUUAGCAUCAUUAAACGGUAUUCGUGAAGAACUUGAAAGUCUUCGUGAAGCAUCACAAACACAACGUAAACGUUUUCUUGAUAUGAUUCUUGUAUUGUUGCGUGAUGUUGGCGAUAUUGGUAGUGUAAUGGGAGGACAAAUGAAUGAACAAAAGAAACCGACAAUUGAAAAUCUAGAUCAAGCUGAAGAAGAAUUUACGCUUGCUCGUCUCUAUAUGAGUAAAUUGAAGACAGAAGCACGUACAAUUACUGGACGUUUAACUGACUUAGAAGUGGAAAAAGUCAAUCAUCAAAAAGGAAUUGAGUUUAAAGACAAAGAAUUAGAUGAAUCACGUUUACUUAUUCAACAACAUGAAGCGAAAAUGCGCUCUAUGUUAGAAACAAUGAAAGAAUUAGAAGAAAAGAAACGGGAUUUAGAACGGACACACGAUACAAUCAGCGAAGAAUUAGUUAAGUUACGAGCCCAUGGUGUUGUUAUUGGCACUGGUGGUUCAACUUCGGAUGUACAAAAAGAACUGAAUCAACAAAUGGAACAAAUUAGUGGACAACAUCAAAAACAAUUGACUACAUUGAGAGAUGAAAUACGCUCAAAAGAGUCUCAAAUGGAAGCAUUAAAAGAUACGUUACAAAAACUUCAAUUAUCCUAUGAAAAAUUAUCGGGUGAUUUUGAUAAACUGAAAAAGGAAGAAAAUGAGAAGUCAAGCAGAUUACAAGAGAUGACUUUACAACAAGAACGACGAGAACAAGCCAAACAAGACUUGAAAGGUCUGGAAGAAACAGUAGCAAAAGAAUUACAAACUUUACAUAAUUUACGAAAAUUGUUCGUACAAGAUUUGCAAGCACGUUUAAAAAAGUCACAAAAACAGCCUGAUGCAGAAGAAGAUGAUUUAGGUGGUAGUGCUGCUCAAAAACAAAAAAUAUCAUUUUUAGAAAAUAAUCUUGACCAAUUAACGAAAGUUCACAAACAGCUUGUGCGUGAAAAUGCCGAUUUACGUUGUGAAUUACCAAAAUUAGAAAAACGACUUAAAGCUACGAUGGAUCGUGUUAAAUCGUUAGAACAAGCACUAAAAGAAGCGAAAGAAAGUGCAAUGAAAGAUCGUAAACGUUAUCAAUGUGAAGUUGAUCGUAUUAAAGAAGCCGUUAGACAACGUAAUCUUGCACGACGAACAAACACAGCACAAAUUGUGAAACCAAUACGAGCAGGGCAGAACCCUUCAACCAGUACAUCAACACCUAUUCCAACUAUUCGUGGUGGUAGUCAAUCUACAGAACCUUAA